AUGCGUCGAGUCGUUGUAACAGGGUUGGGAGCAGUCACACCUUUGGGGGUAGGCAUCCGUCGAACAUGGAAACGCCUGAUAGACGGUCAUUGCGGCAUCGUCAAUGUCGUGCAUCGCGAUGCUAGGUUCAAGGAUGUGCCCUGUCAGGUCGCUGCCGUUGUGCCGCAAGGGGCUCGAAGCGACGGCGGAUGGACGACUUCGGAGUGGUUAAGCAGAGACGAUGAGCGCAAGAUGGCUCGAUUUGCGCAGUACGCAAUGGCUGCUUCGGAAGAGGCGUUGGAAGAUGCCGGCUGGAUGCCCACGACUUUUGAACAGAAAGAAGCAACGGGGGUAUGUCUCGGGUCGGGUAUUGGUAACUUUGACGAGAUUUACGACACCGUUGUGGCGUAUGAAAAGGGUGGUUAUCGCAAAGUGUCGCCGCUGUUUGUACCCAAGUUGUUGAUCAACCUCGGUGCUGGUCACAUUUCUAUGAGAUAUGGGCUCAUGGGGCCGAACCACGCAGCGACUACAGCAUGCACCACAGGCGCACACUCCAUCGGCGAUGCAGCCCGCUUCAUUGCGUGCGGUGAUGCUGAUGUGAUGCUCGCCGGCGGAGCGGAGUCUUGUAUCCAUCCUUUGGCGGUUGGCGGUUUCGCUAGGGCCCGCAGUCUGGCUACCAGCUACAAUGACAACCCGCAGAAGGCUUCUCGACCAUUUGAUGCGGAUCGAGAGGGCUUUGUAGUAGGAGAAGGGGCUGCAGUGAUGGUCCUAGAGGAGCUCGAGCAUGCGAAGGCACGAGGAGCUCGUAUCUAUGCGGAGCUAAAAGGAUACGGCUGUUCUGGGGACGCGCACCAUAUGACUGCACCCAAGGAGAAUGGAGAAGGCGCAUUUUUGGCCAUGAAAAAAGCGCUCAAGAACGCAGGGCUUCCGCCCUCCGCUGUCGACUACAUCAACGCCCACGCCACUUCAACAGUUGUGGGCGAUGCGGCGGAGAACAGUGCCAUUAAAGCUCUGAUUCUCGGUCCAGGCGGAAAGCAGAAAGCUACAGAGGUCAAUAUCAGCAGCACCAAGGGUGCUGUCGGCCACCUUCUUGGUGGUGCUGGCGCCAUUGAGGCCGCCUUUGUCGUUCUCGCAGUCAAUGAGAAUGUCAUGCCGCCAACAAUCAAUCUGGAGCGGCUAGCAGAUGGAUUCGAUUGCAAUUAUGCGCCGGGCGAGGCGCAAGACCGCCGUAUCGACGUGGCUUUGACGAACAGCUUUGGAUUUGGAGGGACCAACAGCAGUUUGUGUUUCUCGAAGCUCAUCAACUAG